AUGCCGUCGUUUAAGACCGCUAGUUACGACGCCUACUUUGACCGACUCCUGUUCUUUUGGAAGCAUGUGCGCUUCCUACUCGCGCUCAGUGCAAAGCAGGCCUUCUUGCAGUGGCGUUUCACGCAAGACCGCGCCAAGAUGAAAGCGUUGGAUACAUUGGCGCAACGCCUCGUACCCAAUGCCAGCAAGCAAGUCUGUAUUUCCUACGGAGACUGGAGUCGAAGGGGUGGAAUCAAGGGCCAUCCUACGGGACCAGUCAUAGGUUGCCACAAGCGUCUGAAGCAAGCUCGCCUGUUCCACAAACUGAAAACGAAGGAUGAUGAAGAGGACAUCCGGACCAAGGAGCGGCCUUCUCCGAAAGAAAGGAAGGAGGUUGCAGAGGAUAUCGUGCGCCUUUUUGAGGUGUUUGUGGCUGCUGAUGUCUUUCCAGUCGAUAGCGGGAACGAAACAUCACGUGCUCGGCAUACAUUCCCGGCCAAACACAUCCAUAUUGCAGGCGAAGUAAGGUCUGGAUUCGUAGACGAGUCAGCAGGAGCCUUGACCAACCUGACGCCAUAG